UGCUCGAGAGGGGAAACCAGAGCCUUCGCGCGUGCGCAGCGCAGUUUCGCUUCUUCGUCUGCCCGAUUUCUCAUUCUCCCACCCCCCCUCCUCCAAGCCCGUUAGGGCCGCGGCGGUGAGCUCCAGUGGACGAUUUACAAGCGGCUCCGGGACGGGACGGAGAGCAACUGCGAAGCCACGGAGCUGACCGGGGAAGUCUCGACUCGGCCAUGGGGUCCUGAGGGCCCCUCUCUCUGCCCGCUCCCUUGAGCCCCGGAGGGUCGGAUCCCUGGCAGAGAAGGGAAGGCGGGCGACGGCGGCGACAGUGCGGCUGGUGCUUGCUGUGCCUGCUGUGCCGCGUGGCGGUUCAAACAACAAAAAAAUAAUGAUGAUUGUAGUAACUGGAGCCAUGUCAGUGCCUGAGUCAGAUUCCCCAGCCAGCACCCCUGCUACAGCCCCUAAUUUAUCCAGGAUGCCUGAGGAUGGCAGCCUUACUGCUGUGGAGCAGCCAAUAUUCCUAAUGACUACAGCUGCCCAAGCCAUCUCAGGUUUCUUUGUGUGGACAGCUGUGCUGAUCACCUGCCAUCAGAUCUACAUGCACCUUCGCUGCUACAGUUGCCCCAAUGAACAACGCUAUAUUGUCAGGAUCCUUUUCAUAGUCCCCAUUUAUGCUGUUGACUCAUGGCUCAGUCUCCUUUUCUUCACCAAUGACCAGUACUAUGUUUACUUUGGCACAGUACGGGAUUGCUAUGAAGCUUUUGUCAUCUACAACUUCCUUAGCCUCUGCUAUGAGUACCUUGGUGGAGAGAGCUCCAUCAUGUCUGAGAUUAGAGGAAAGCCUAUAGAGUCCAGCUGCAUGUAUGGGACUUGUUGCUUAUGGGGAAAGACAUAUUCCAUUGGUUUUCUGAGAUUUUGUAAACAGGCCACACUGCAGUUCUGUGUGGUGAAACCCCUCAUGGCAAUUAUUACAGUUGUUCUUCAGGCAUUUGGAAAGUACCAGGAUGGGGACUUUGACGUCACAAGCGGAUAUCUCUAUGUGACAAUCAUUUACAAUAUUUCAGUCAGCUUGGCUCUGUAUGCCCUCUUCCUUUUCUAUUUUGCCACCCGUGAACUACUCAGUCCUUAUAGUCCUGUCCUAAAAUUUUUCAUGGUCAAGUCUGUCAUUUUCCUGUCCUUCUGGCAAGGGAUGCUGUUGGCCAUUCUGGAGAAGUGUGGUGCAAUCCCUAAGAUCCGCUCAGCCAAUGUAUCUGUGGGGACCGUAGCAGCCGGCUAUCAGGAUUUCAUCAUCUGCGUGGAAAUGUUCUUUGCAGCUAUUGCUCUGCGGCAUGCAUUCACAUAUAGGGUCUAUGCAGACAAGCACCUUGAUGCACAAGGACGCUGUGCCCCAAUGAAGAGCAUCUCUAGCAGCCUUAAGGAGACCAUGAACCCCCAUGACAUUGUGCAGGAUGCUAUCCAUAACUUCUCCCCAGCCUAUCAGCAAUACACUCAGCAGUCUACCCUAGAACAUGGACCACCAUGGCGGAAUGGCAGUCACAUAAUUUCACGCUCUCAUAGCACCUCUGGUGUCCGUGACAAUGAGAAGACCCUGCUCUUGAGCUCAGAUGAUGAAUUUUAAGGGGUUGAUGGAACAUGCCAUAGCCUGGAACUUUCCUUUAUUUAUUGAACCAGAAACAGGUUAUAUUCCUUUUUUACAUGGUGCUCAAGUCAGGAUUGGGCACUUUCUGAUGCCAAUUGUAAGCAAGGAUGAUUGUGGCCAAUGCGGGUGGUUUGGACUUUCUUUUCUAAAAGCUUAACUAGUGCACAUUUCACUUAAUAAAAAAUUAAAAAACACUAAAUUGUCAUAGCCUAGAACAGAGGUGCAAGAGGAGUAAAACACAUUUUCUUUUGAUAACUUUUCUAUUAUCUGUAAGGGGAAAGGCUGGUAUUACAGAAAUCAGGCAAACAGUUUCCAAGAAAUGAGGCUGUAUCUUUAUUAAUUUGCCACAUUAUUUGAAAUGAAACUGGCAGAAAUUUCUUUUCUGCAAUAUAUUAUGAAAAGGUACCUCCACCUUCAUAAUUCCGAUUAUUUGAGGGUAGAAUCCCAUCCUUAGCUAUUGCCCUUUAAUUAAUUUUUUAAGUUUUUUAUUGUGACCAGGGUUUCUUUUAGUUAUAUUCCAUAGUAUGUUAUGUGCAAUUAGUCUCUGCAAAGGAUCUAAAGUGGGAGUGGGGGAAGGCAAGAAAUUCGGCAUUGAAACAAUCCACGGAUCUUUUUCCCUUUAUAGGAAAUAUGGCAUUUGUGAUUUUUUUGUUGCCCAGCAUUUCAAGAGAAUAUGCAAGAUAUUUUUUGCAAAACAAGGCUUGUGCCAUCUGUAGAGGAAGAAAUCUCUGUAAGACGCUAAUGAUCAUAAUUUCAGGGAAAGCGACCCAAGAUAGAUGUAUAUGGAUGCAUAUUCCCAAGGAAGUUGCCCAGGAAAUGGAAACAUGCAUCCCAUAUAUAUUCAUUAUGGGUGAGGGCCAUGUUGAGUUAUUCUUCUUUAGAUCUCAUAUGAUCUGCCUACAUACCAAAUUCAAAUGUGCAAGUCUGCUUCCCUGCAUUGAUUUAAUUUGUGAUUUUACACACUAUUAGAAUCCUGUUGCCUUUUUUUUUUUAAUUCAUGUGUUUUCUUCUGGAGGAGGAAUUGUAUAAGCAGUGAUACAGAAAUCUGUUUUGCCUUGUCUGUCCUUUUUGAGCUGUGCAUUUCUUGGACUUUAAAUUCCAGAACACCUUUGGCAAGUGCUGUAAAUAUUUUACCUAUGUUAAUAGUUAAUUUUAAGUGCAGUGGGGUGGCAUUUGCCUAAGAUGGAGAACAUUCCAUCUUCCCUUCCCUUAUUCUUCUCCUGUACCAGUCUGGCCAAGAAAUCUAAACACAUCUAUGUGGUGUGCUUGCUAUCAUUUUCUACAGCCCAUAAGAUUAAAACACGUAUGUAUAUUGUUGUCUGUUGACCUCAAUAGGCCAGAUGUGUCUUUUUAUCUAAGAAUCAUAGGCUCCCUUCACUGGUUUUGCCAGACACCUUUUAAAGCAGAAAAUGGCAAUCAGAUUAAUUGCAAUAUAUUGCACGUCUUUGUUGCUGUUGUGGUUGUGGUUAACUGUGCCUGUUGAACUAACAUUGCUGCAUAAAAGGGGAAUAACAUUAGUUAUUUAUAGGGGGAAAGGAGAAUAACAUUAGUUAUUUAUUCCUAUAUAGUUAUAUAUAGGAAUAACAUUAUUCCCCUCCCAAGUCAACUCCAUCAGUAAUGCUGGUUCUGUUCGAAGCUGCUGCAUCUCCCACAUCAUGUUGUGGUUAUUUGGCACUUAUUUCUUACUGUGCUUUUUAACCCCUUCACUGGAGAGUCUAAAUGUGAGGAUCUCAGGGGGUUGACUCUAUGGCUCAUUUUCUCUGUGCCUUAACAUUCUGUCCUUAAAACACAUACACACACCACAUCAUAGCAAACACAGAUCUCUACAGCAAUUAACAGCAUCCUUUGUCCAAGUUGCACUUUUUUGGACAAGAAUGUGUUUGUGUGGAGCUUGGCAGAUUUGCUGAAACUUGUGUUAUUUUUCCUGGAGUUAGGCUGCUGCUGCCACCACGAUUUGCACUUCCCCUUUUCCAGAAGAUACUCAACGGGAAUUGGGAUGGUGGAGGACGAAAGCUCCACUCAUGUUUUCUGCCUGAAUUGUUAGAGCAGAGAACUUGGGAGAUGAAGAAAAGGAGACAGAACAGGAACUUGUUUCUGUAAAUGUACAAUCAUCCACCUGGCUUCAUUAGACUUGUACAAUAUAUUCAUAUGGGCUUGGGCUGACUUUUAAAAUCCUAUCAUUUUUUCUAGGUACCCAGAGUUCCAUAGGCUGUCAAUAGAUAAUUGAUACCCAAUUAUUACAUCAAAAUAGCAGACCAGAGGUAGCUGAACUAUGAUGCUAAGUUCCUCUGCCAGGAAAUCCCCAUCUUGUUUUUUUAGCAUUAGAUUUAGGUACAUUGAGCCGCAAUGAGCCUUCCUUGCAGACUUUUGCCAAAGUAACAUUAGUAUUUUUGCAGCUUUUAGUAAAGGAAGGUUGAAGGCUGUUCUUGCAUAAAUUGUGGAGUUCAGGUCCCUGCAACUGGGGAGUAAGGUCAGUUCAGUUAUCCUUUAGUGCCAGCAGUAGGAAAUUUUAACUGAAUAGGAUGACAUAUGACCUCAAUAUUUCAAAGAGACGUUGAAAUUAGCAUUUUCAAGUAGCCAGACCUUUUUCCAGUUUCUAGCUUGUGUAGAAGCCAGAAAAAGACUUGCUGCUGCUUUAAGGAAUACACUAAUUGAAGUUAAGGUGACUCUUAUAAGGCAGCCACAUCAUUUUUUCAGGCAUCUGUAGAAACCUGAACAAGGUCAUGCUCCUUUACUGAAUUGCAGAGCCUCUCAUGCAAAGCCCAAAGCACUUCCAAAUAACGUUCAAAGCAUGCACAGUCUUUCUAUUUAUUUCAGCACUGUUUUGCUUCCAAGUAAUUUUCCUGACUCUAUCUCACUUUCAGUAUACGUUGCUAAUACUUGCACAUGUGAAGAAUUUUCAGCAUCAGCCUUUUUUUUAACAGAAUGGGUGAAUAAUGUGAUUGACUUGCAGAUACUUCAAUGUUGGGGAGAGCUCUAUUUUUCAUUUGUAUUAAUGAAUACCAUAUAUAAAUAUAUACUAUAUGUACGAGCUGAUUACUUUGAAGCAUCCUAUAAGUAGCAGUUUUAAACAGUUUGACACCUACAAAGCAAGUACCCUCAGUCCAAUAGCAAUGUGACUUUUUCAAAAUUAGAGCCAUAUGGAAGCACCAGUGCUGUGUGAUGGGAAGAGUUUAUUUCCAUACAGGAAACGGAGGGUCCCAACAGGCUUGCUCCUUAGUAUGGCAAUGAUUGUCCAUCCCAGUUAGGGUUUCUCAGAGACUAAUCACUUAAUAUAUCAGUCCCUUUAUACAUCAAUCCCAGCAAAAUAAUCUUGGCACUGCCUGCUUCCUGAUCAGCUCUUUCCUCCCUCUCCUUGUUUUUUUGCCAUGCAACAUACUGCAAGUUCAGUUUUUACUAUUUUUCCAUGUAGUUUAGAUAUUUGUAUAUAAAUGGGGGGGGGAACUGUAUAAUAAGACAGAGUUACCUAGUUUUGUACCUACCAUGUAAUAACUGAUGUGAGUUCAGAGACAAGCUGUUGUCUCUAUUUUGUUAUUUGUGAUGUUACACUGCUUUGCGGAAACAAGCAAAUAUGAGAAAUAAAGAUAGAUAAUAUAGAUUGUAUAUAA